AGAUUGCACAAUCUCUCUGGGACCUUCAGCUCAAUCAGUAGCUGGUUCCUCAAACAUGUUCCUGUCAGCCUGUUAUUUAUUCAGAAGCUUUCGUGGGCGUGCAUCGGCCGUACAGAGAGUGCAGAGGGCAGACACACAUAUACAUGAUGAGACACAGCGAGAGUGAUGUUACAGAGGGGGAGAUGCAUCAAACCUUCUAAAGAGGACGUGGAGACGUUUCCCAUAGCAACCAAGCAGCUGGAAUCCAGGAUGGUACAGGCGUUAAAGAGACAGGGAGCCGGGACACGAUGUUCAUUACGUAGAGGAACAGGCUGCUAAGUGCGAGAGGGACGGGGUGCGAGGGAGAGAGUGUAAGAGACUGAGCAUUACCGAGACAGUCCAGAAACAGAGGGAGAGACUAAAGGCAGCAAAAACGUGCAGAAGUGACAGCCAUGGAAGAGACGACGCAAACACACAGACUGCAUGUAACGGAGACACGAGAGGACGACAAAUGAGACAUUCAGAGACUGGGGGAAAUCACAGCACACUGUGUGACGAUGGUGGUCAUUACUGGACGUUGGUACUCCUAUCUGAUGACGGUCGCGCUCCUGACAUUUGCAGAGUCCCAGAGAAACAGCUGCGCAAAGCCAGCCCUCUCAGAGAAGACCACGCUGGUACCUCUUCUCUCCAGUGUGACCCUGACCUGCCCAGGGUGUGAAGGCCGGGUGUCCUGGAUACGUCAGAGCCAGCAAGUCCCCCCCAGACCAUCCCGGGAGUCAGAGAGCGGCCAUCUUGUCCUGAAAGCUGUGACAUACAGGGAUGAGGAUAACUACACCUGUUACAGGGAUGGGGCCCCUCUGUGCGUGGUGGAGCUGCUGGUAAAAGAUGAGCUGGAGAAGCCGGAGAUCUUGUGUUACCUUAGGCACCCAGCCCAUAAUAUUACCUGCGAGUGGAAACCCACCAGGAAUCUCCACCCACUGACGAAGGUCACUCUGACUGCAUGGAGCAUUACAGGGAACCACACCGUCAGCGCCUGCUCCUUUAUCAGCUCUACCGAGACAUUCGCCUGUUCCUCGCCGUACAGCGAAGGAGACAACGGACAGCACACAUUAUCCGUGUGUGUAACCAGCCGGACAGACAGCCAAUCCAGCAACACUGUGAGGACUUCCAUGCACGACCAAGUGCGGCCCGACCCUCCCAUCAACAUCACAGUGACGCCGGUGGAGAAUCAACCCAGAAGACUCAAUGUCUCAUGGAGAUGCCCUCAGCUGUGGGUGGGCGGUUUCUACCAGCUGGAAUACCAGGUCCAAUACCGUGUCGAGAACUCACAGCACGUCUCCAACGGCACAACGACGGACGCCUCAUUUGUCAUUAACGACGCUUUGAUGGGGCGGAGGCACGUAAUCAGGGUGAGGGCUAAGGAGGAGUUUGGUACACCCUGGGGUUCCUGGAGCGAGGAGGCGGUGGGCACGCCAUGGUCAGAAGAGGAAGAGGAGGAGGCUGAGACUCAGACAUCACUGGCUCCCAGUGAAUAUUACUCGAUGGCUGAAUAUCAGGAAGAAGACCCAGAAAAUGACAGUAAGGAGCCCACGGUGGCGCCGAUCCCCAGAUACCCCUGGCUUGUAGCAGGACUCAGUGCGACCGUGGCCAUUCUGCUCUUCAUGAUAAUAUUGAUAAGGCAGCAUGACGUGAACCUCUUAAGUUUAAAAGAGAGACUGCUGAGGAUCAUGUUCCAGUCACUGCCCAAAGUCACCAGAGCGCAGCCGCUGCAGAGUGAAGCUCUCAUGUUGCCCUUCCCACCCCCUACUUCGGUAACCGUGUGUGCCCCCAUGUUGCCCGACGCUGACUGAGAGCUUACAGAGGACACGCAGUGUGAAGGCCUGGUAACAUAACGCCUCAGUAUCAGGCUGACCAAUCAGGACACGCCGUGCGGCAGCGCCAGAGCUCUGAGAAUCGCCAAGGCACAAAGACCUUCUUACGAUUACGAGAACAAAACAAAAAAACACAUUACAGACUAGGAGUAAAAUUCAUGUUUGGUCUGGUUGGAAUGCUCACGCAGAGGGAACUGCUCAUUUCCCGGCAGCAUGUACGUACUGUGUACACGGGUUAUGGUGCUGCCCUCUCUACAUCUUACAGUAGGAGGAUUGCUGGGUAAGGUUGUCCAUAUGUUGUACAGAAAACAACAGCUCCACCAUCGGGAUGUGAUGGCUGCAGCCAAAGACUGCUGUCCCCAAACAGUCAGGAUUUUACCACGGGUUUCCAACGGCCACUCUAUGUGACCCUGUACAUUCAUUUGUACAUAGGAAUUCACAAACUUUACUUCCUUAGCAGUACUUGGAAGAGUCAUGUGCUGGAUCGCUAGAGGUAGUGCCCAGUGUUACAGGGUUUUUUCCUCUUUCUUCCCAUGUCUGUGCCCAUCCCACCUCUCCUGUCUGCGUCUCUCAUCUUUGUGAGUCCCCUCUCUUCUGCCUGUCUCUCUCACCUCCGUGUCCUCCUCUCCCAUCUGUAUCUCUCAUCUAUGUCCCCUAUCUCUUACAUAUCUAUGCCCCCCUGUCACUAAUCCGCGUCUCUCAUUUUUUUGCCGCCCCUCAUUCCCAUCUGUGUUUCCCUUCACUUCUGUCUGUCUCUUUCUCUCAUCUCUGUUCCACAUGCUCUACUUCUGUCCGUCUCUCCCAUCUCUGUGUCCCCUCCUCAUUCCUAUUUGUCUCUCUCAUCUCUGGUCCCCAUCCUCUACUCCUAUCUCAUCUUUGUGUCUCUCCUCUCUCCCAUCUGUCUCUCACAUCUCUGUCCCUCCUCUAUCCCAUGUCUUUCUCAUCUCCAGCCCCCCAUCCUCUACUCCAGUCUAUCUCUAUCUCUGUGUCCCCCUCUGCCCCAUCUAUCUCUCACUUUCUCUCAUCUUUGUGUCCCCCUCUGCCACAUCUAUCUCUCUCUCUUAUCUCUGUGUCCCCCUCUGCCCCAUCUAUCUCUCUCAUCUCAGUGUCCCCCUCUGCCCCAUCUCUCUCUCUCUCUCUUAUCUCAGUGUCCCCCUCUGCCCCAUCUAUCUCUCUCUCUCUUAUCUCAGUGUCCCCCUCUGCCCCAUCUAUCUCUCUCUCUUAUCUCAGUGUCCCCCUCUGCCCCAUCUCUCUCUCUCUCUUAUCUCUGUGCCCCCCUCUGCCCCAUCUCUCUCUCUUAUCUCAGUGUCCCCCUCUGCCCCAUCUCUCUCUCUAUCUGUGUCCCCCUCUGCCCCAUCUCUCUCUCUCUCUUAUCUCAGUGUCCCCCUCUGCCCCAUCUAUCUCUCUCUCUUAUCUCAGUGUCCACCUCUGCCCCAACUAUCUCUCUCUCUUAUCUCUGUGUCCCCCUCUGCCCCAUCUCUCUCUCUUAUCUCAGUGUCCCCCUCUGCCCCAUCUAUCUCUCUCUCUUAUCUCAGUGUCCACCUCUGCCCCAUCUAUCUCUCUCUCUUAUCUCUGUGUCCCCCUCUGCCCCAAUCUAUCUCUCACUUUCUCUCCCCCUCUGCCCCAUCUAUCUCUCUCUUAUCUCAGUGUCCCCCUCUGCCCCAUCUCUCUCUCUCUUAUCUCUGUGUCCCCCUCUGUCCCAUCUAUCUCUCACUUUCUCUCAUCUUCGUGUCCCCCUCUGCCCCAUCUAUCUCUCUCUCUUAUCUCUGUGUCCCCCUCUGCCCCAUCUCUCGCUCUCUCUUAUCUCAGUGUCCCCCUCUGCCCCAUCCAUCUCUCGCUCUAAUCUCUGUGUUCCCCCCUGCCCCAUCUCUCUCUCUCUUAUCUCAGUGUCCCCCUCUGCCCCAUCUCUCUCUCUCUCUUAUCUCUGUGUCCCCCUCUGCCCCAUCUAUCUCUCACUUUCUCUUAUCUCAGUGUCCCCCUCUGCCCCAUCUAUCUCUCACUUUCUCUCAUCUCAGUGUCCCCCUUUGCCCCAUCUAUCUCUCUCUCUUAUCUCUGUGUCCCCCUCUGCCCCAUUUAUCUCUCUCUCUUAUCUCUGUGUCCCCCUCUGCCCCAUCUAUCUCUCUCUCUUAUCUCUGUGUCCCCCCUCUGCCCCAUCUAUCUCUCUCUCUUAUCUCUGUGUCCCCCUCUGCCCCAUUUAUCUCUCUCUCUUAUCUGUGUCCCCCUCUGCCCCAACUAGACAGAUACUUCCGUUGAGUUUAUUAUAGAUCUGUAGGUAACCUAGAAGAGUCAGGUAGGACAUGCUGGGACUUACAGUUCAACACAAGCCUGUGAAACUGUUUCUCUGAGUUUGUUAUAGUUCAGUGCUCACCGUGGUCACAUAUUAUCUUACAAAACAAUGAUAUAUCUGAUGCUGGUGAGGAAUGCUUGGACUUGUAGUUCCACAGCGGCUGGUUAGUCCCGUAGUGGCCUAUACUGUUACCAGUACAAUGAUGACACUUGUAAUUAUAAUGCUCCAUUUAAUAAGCCUCUCUUAUUCUGUCAGCGGACAUCCAUACUAGAGGAUGCGGCUCGCUGGGGCCGCCCGUUCUGGCUGAGCGUCAGGAAACCACAAAUCUGACUGUGUUGUGAUGUUAUUGUGAUACAAUGAUACACGAGAUGUGUAGUGUGAUUGUUACAUGUCAGAGGAGGACUACCAGGUCACCAUGUGUGGCAAUGUAUAUAUUGUAUGAUUGUAAAUAAGAUACAAAUUACCACUGGG